AUGGCUGCUGUUGCUUUGGAAAAGAAGCCUGAGGGCUUGAACCUCUACGCCCGGUUUGCUUUCGCCGGUGCUGUCUGCUGCUCCAUCACUCACGGUUCCUUUACCCCGGUCGAUGUCGUCAAGACCAAGAUCCAGCUUGACCCCGUCACCUACAACCGUGGUAUGUUUGGCGGUUUCCGUCAGGUCAUCCAAAACGAGGGUGCUGGUGCUCUCUUGACCGGCGCCGGCCCUACCUUCGCUGGUUACUUCAUGCAGGGCGGUUUCAAGUUCGGUGGUUACGAAUUCUUCAAGAAGCAGUCUAUUGACUUGGUUGGCAUCGACAAGGCCCGUGAGUACCGUGGCACCGUUUACUCGCUCUCUGCCGCCAGCGCCGAGUUCUUCGCCUCCAUUGCCCUCUGCCCUCUUGAAGCUACCCGUAUCCGUCUCGUUUCUCAGCCCGGUUUUGCCAACGGUUUGAUUGGUGGUUUCAGCAAGAUUCUCAAGAACGAGGGUGUUGGCGCUUUCUACAGUGGAUUCGGACCUAUCCUUCUCAAGCAGAUCCCCUACACUGUGACCAAGUUCGUUGCUUUCGAGAAGUUCUCUGAGGCUAUCUACUCUAGCCUUGGUGGCAAGUCCACUCUCUCCGACGGUGCCCAAACCGGUGGCAACCUCGGAUCUGGUCUCCUUGCUGGUUUCGCUGCUGCCAUUGUCUCUCAACCCGCUGAUACUAUGCUGUCCAAGAUCAACAAGACCAAGGGUCUUCCCGGUGAAGGUGUUCUCACCCGUCUCAUCAAGAUUGGUGGUGAGCUUGGUGUCCGUGGUUCUUUCGCUGGUCUUCCUACUCGUCUGUUCAUGAUUGGUGGUCUUACUGCCGGUCAAUUCGCCAUCUACGGUGACAUCAAGAAGGCUCUUGGUGCCACUAACGGCGUUGAGAUCUCCAAAUAA